UGACUGACGUUACAGUAAAUUGUAUUGUACUGUCAUACGCGAUCAGCUAUCACACUGAAAAAUGUGCGAUUUUAGAAGUUUUAUGACUUGUCAUCAUUAAUUUGCUAACGUUUUUAAUAUUAAAUAUUCUUACUAUAAAGCAGUAGUUGUUCAACAUGGCUUGGCAAAUGCCGGGUCAAUGGAACACAGGCGUUCCACAAAUGAACCAAAUGACGCCUGAUUUAAACAUGGGAUCCUACACACCUGAGCAAUGGGCUGUUAUGCAGCAACAGAAUUGGCAGCAAUGGACCCAGUGGCAACAACAGUAUUCGCAAUGGCAAAGCCAGUAUGGCGAAAAGUAUGCACAGCAAAUGCAGUCCAUGCAGGCAAUGGGGGGGAUGGUGCCACCCCUCCCAGCUUCAAAUACUGCCCCUCCUCCAGCACCACCUCCACCAGAGAAGCCUCCACCACCUCCACCACAUGAGAACAACCAGCCGCUAUUUGGACAACCCAACCCAGUACCAGCCCCUGGAUCACAGCCAAUUCAACAUACAGGGAGUUCUAAUAAUAUUAGCAUUCCUACAGGUAACACCCAAAAAAAUUGGCAGCAUGGAAACGAAAACCGGCCAGAAGCUUCCUUGCCCGCCAAUGUGGAGGCCUUAAAGAAACUAGCAGAGGAAGAAAGACUCUUCGAUAUUCAGUUUGAAAAGUGGGAAGAAGAAAUCCAAAAAUGGAAAAGGGAAAAUGUGAACCAUCCGGACAAACAGGCUUAUCAUGAGUAUGAGCAAAAAUUUGAAACUUGCAGGGCACAGUUGUUAGAGCGUCGGCAGGUGAUGAAACAGAAGAGGGCACGACUGCUGGGCCAGACUGCUCCUGCUGCAGGCAGUGCUCCAACAGGUAAUCCAUCCCCAGCUCCCCCUCCUCAACAAACUAUGAAUGCCAGUCGUAACCCAAAUAUGCAGUCCCAAAGCAGCAAUAGCUCGUCAAAUUUCGCCCAGCCAAGCAACCAUUAUAAACACCAGGAACAACAUAAUUACAGACCAAAUAAUAAUCAAAUGUCAACUCAAAACUUUAAAAACAAUCCUCCCCAAAAUUUCCAAGGUAAUUCUCAAUAUGCACAAUAUAACAAUAUGCAACAAGGUUAUAACAGGAACAAUAAUCAAGGUGUGGACCCACAAGACAGAUUUGAGUCCUAUGACGCUCAGGAUACAUAUGAGAGUCAGGAUAUGGAUGAGGGUAAUUACUCCCCUGCCCCUGUUACGAAUACAAACUUUUUACCUGGAGCUGGAUCCGCUAAAGGCAUUCCAGGGUUGGAUUUAGUACCCGAAGACAAAGAGGGUCAACCACAACAACCUGAGGUUAUUGAUAUAACUGAUGACAAACCAAAACCCACCCAGCCGCCAGACCUUACUAACAUUUCUAAGGGCAUAAACAACAUACUUGGAGAUGAGAAAAUCAUGAAUAUCCUUUCAAUGGUUCGGGAUCAAGUUGCACCUCCUAUUGUCAAUAAGCAAGGAGCUAGUGCCCAAAGUGCACCAUACAAUAAUAUGAAUAACUCCAAUGCUCCCCCAAAUGCACCAUUUAACUCCAAUGCUCCACCACAUGCACCAUUUAACUCCAAUGCUCCACCAAAUGCACCAUUUAACUCCAAUGCUCCACCAAAUGCUUCUCAAAAUGCCCCAUAUAAUAACAAUAUGAGUGCUCCUCCAAAUAAUCAGUGGGACAGAAAUCAAGCUACACCUAAUCAACAAUUUAGUAAUGCUCCCCCGAAUAUGUACUACAAUCGUCAAGGUCCUGGCUAUGGUGAUCAAUCUCGGCAAGAUCAGCCGUAUCCACCUCAAAGAAGGAAUGACAGAGAAAAUAUGUCAAUGGAUCCAUACAAUGAUAGGAAUAUGCAAGGUCAAAACAUGCAACAAAGACCACCUAUGAGACCUAACAUGCCUAACAUGCCUAACAUGCAAAACAAUCCCCAACCACUUAUGCAAGGGGGUCAAGGCUAUCAAAAUGAUAAUUUCAAUAGAAGACCUCCGCCUCCGCGGGGAGCUCCUGACAAUAUGAGACCUAAUAUGAGUAAUAUGCCGCCACCGCUUAUGAGACCUAAUAUGAGUAAUAUGCCGCCACCAAGGCCCCUCAUGGCAGGUGUGCCUGGUUAUGAUGAACAGAAUGAUUAUUCAAGGGGGCCUCAUGAUAACGGAGGAAUGCAUGGCAGCAUGAAUAAUCAGGCAAUGAAUAACCAAACCGCGCCGCCUCCGCCGCCUCCACAGCCGGCUCGCCCGAAGUGGACUGAAGAACCAUUAUUUACUCCAUCUGUCAUUGUUGAAUAUGAACACAAACCUCUAAGAUUGAAAGGUCGUGAAUUUAUUGAGCCCGUCCAUAUGUUUGACUACAAUCACAAAUCAAAGGACGAUCACAUUAAGAAAAGAGAUUUUGAAAAAGAGGCAGAUGAAUUAUUCCAAAGGAAACCCAGAAGAAACGAGCCGGAAGAUGUGUAUAGAGAAAACCGUUUCGGUCCAGGUGAUUACAUGGAAAGUCGUUUUGCCGCUGAAGAUAACUCAAGGGAUUAUUCACCAAGGGAUUUCGAACGACGAUACCCUAGAGAAGAAAUACGACAUGACCGUAGGGAAUUAAGAGAUGACUACAGGGACGUCAGGGGUCCUCCUAGGGAUGAAUAUGAUGAUAGAAUUGAUAGACGAAGGCCCGAAGAAAGAUACGACGAAAGAAGACGCGAUGAUCGCGACAGGUUACCUAGACGCGAAGAUUUUAGUAGAGAUAGAGGGCGGGAACGUGAUCGAGAUAGAGAAGAUUUACACAGAGAUAGACAAAGAGAUAUACGUAGAGAUGACAACCGCCAUGACAGUAGAAAUCGCAGUAGGAGCCGUGAACUUGACUCCCGUAAAAGAGGCCGCAGCAAAGAAAGUAAUAUAAGCGAGACUUCGUCAAAGAAAUCGAAAGAAGUGGAGAAGAAAAAUGGAACUCCCAAGCAUGUUGUAAUGAUUGACGAUAUUUUAGAACCCCCAGGUCGUGAAAUGAGGCCAGAAAAAAUAGUUAUUAUUUUACGAGGUCCCCCUGGCAGUGGCAAAUCGUAUUUAGCAAAAUUAAUAAGAGACCGCGAGGCGGAACACGGUGGGACAGCUCGAAUCAUGUCCAUUGACGACUAUUUCAUGCAGGAAGGGGAAAUAGAAGAAAAAGAUCCCACUACUGGUAAAAUUGUUAAGAAACCGUCUUUAAAAUAUGAAUACGAAGCAAAAUCAGAAGAAACUUAUUUGAACUCUCUGAAAAGAGCAUUUAAAAGGUCAUUGACUGACGGCUACUUUAACUUUUUGAUAUACGACGCAGUGAAUGACACACUGAGAAGUUAUGCUGAUAUUUGGAACUACGCUAGACAACAAGGCUUCCAGGUGUACAUUUGUACAAUGGAGCUGGAUUCCCAGAUAUGUUUCAAGAGGAACAUCCACGGUCGAACGUUGGGUGAUAUUCAAGUGAUAACCACUCGGUUCUUCCCGACCCCGGACCAUCACAUUCAGCUGGACGCGACGACGCUGUUACAAAGCGGUGCCAUUACUGAGGUGCACAUGGAGGACGUGGAUGACGAUAUCAUAAUGGAGGACGCGCAGGAACCUGAGGUUGAAAGCUCUUUUACUUCGAAGUGGGAGAAAAUGGAUGACGCGGCGCAACUAGCUCGACUCGACGGCACCAGCAAGCCGCUCCGGCCCUCGCACGUCUCAAUGGAGGACUACCUACAGCUAGACGACUGGAAACCAACCACAGCUAAGCCAGGGAAGAAAACGGUACGCUGGGCGGACAUAGAAGAGAGCAGACAGCAAGAGAAGAUGCGUGCCAUCGGAUUUGUGGUAGGACAGACGGACUGGAAUCGCAUGACAGAUCCUACUAUGGGUUCUAGUGCGCUCACUCAAACUAAGUACAUUGAGAGAGUUAGAAGAAAUUAAGUCAUAGUUUAGUGUUACCAUUGAAUCUUGAUUAAGGUGUAAAACCAGUUCAGAGAACUUGUUUGAAGUUUUCAGUAUAUGCCUAGGCAGUUAUUUCGGAUAACAAAUAAAAAUGUUAUUUUAUAACGAAAGUCGCAAAUUUGUUGCGUAGCAUUAUUGAUAAGUACGUAAGAUAAUUGCCAAACACUUUUUUAUUUAUCUUUUCUUCUAUGUACUUUGCUAUGCUUAAGUUUGACUCCAGCGCAGCGCAAUUAUUUAAAUGGAAUAUUUCAUAUUUCAUUUAUUUUAUUUCUUUUACUAUGUUAUGUCUGAUGAUUAGCUGUGUUAGUUUUAUAUUUUGCAUAUAGGUCAACGUUAUUUAUGUGAUAUUUGAUUUUUUUUCCUAUAAUUUGAAUCUAAACCUGUUUCUGAUGUCAAAUACUAGUAGGUGUUUGAAAAAUAAAGUACCUAACUCUAGUAGGACUUUGCCUAUACCUGGCCACGCUCGCAUAUCUAUGGGUUGGUCGCAAGAAACGAGUAAAUUAACUAUAGUAAAUAUUUAUCCGUCACUAAGUUGGAUAGAUAGAACUAAGAAUCUUCACCAGAAGGAGGAUCAUCAUAAAGACAUACAAAAGUAUUUUAGCUGUUGUCACAAGAAGCCGACAGAUGUCCUUUUUCAGCUAUCUUCAACUAUGAUGUUGAGAUGAGAUAUCAUUUUAUUACGUGACGUUUUUCAUCAAGUCUAUAGAUUUAAAGAUAGUAUAAUCUAUAUAGAUUAUACCAUAGCGUAUACCAUUUGCGUGCGCUACAGUAUACCUACUGCAGCGCACGAAAAACAGGAAUGCGGAUCGUGUCGGCUCAUGGAUUUAAAACCACAGAAAAUUUUAAAACUUAGGAGUCUAUGUGUAGCAAUUGUGGACUGCAGUAGGGUUUCACCGGAAAGUGACCCUUUGCGGUCAUUUGAUCUGGUUUAGAUAUAAUAAAUAAUAUACAAAUAUUAAUUAAAAAUAAUUAGGUAGAUAGUACAUACUAUUUUUGUCGCAUGCCCAGUUGCAAAAAUGUUCAUUAUCAUAUUUGCUGCACUCGGACUCGCCAAAAUAUAUAAGUAGGUACUUACAUGAAUAUUUCGCAACUGGACAUUAAGGCACCAAGCUCCUACUAGUACCUAUACCAUGUUUACGACAACUAUAAUAUUGUCAGUACUAAUGCAAAAGGCAGAACUCAAAUUGUAAAAAAAUGUAAUUGAGCUUAGGAGCUUAGGGUCUUUUAAUUUAAUUACAAUUCAAUUGAAUAAGGUGUACAUUUUUUAAACAUGAAGGUAAUAAAAGCGUUAUAAGGA